AUGCAGUUCUCCAAGCUUCACCUAGUAUUGUCGCUACUUCCUUCUACACUUGCUCAAUACGGCGGAGGGAGUGGUUCUUCAAGUACAUCUGUAGCCUCCGCCUCCGCCCCGACGACCUCUUCAUUCACGCCAUCAAACGUGAAAAUCAUCGACGUCGGCGAAAACGGUCUUACAUUCUCACCCAACACCACCACAGCAGAUAUAGGAGACACCAUCGAAUUCCACUUCUACCCAGCCCAACACUCCGUCGCCCAAUCAUCCUUCGACUCCCCCUGCGUGCCCCUGAACAACGGAACCGGCUUCUGGAGCGGCGGCUUCUCAACAGACAGCGGAGAAAACAACAACGUCUUUUCUGUCCUCAUCAAUGACACAAACCCUAUCUGGUUCUACUGCGCAGCUCCUACGCAUUGCCAGAAUGGCAUGGCAGGCGUCAUCAACCCCCCUACCGGAACUCCAAGUAACAGAUCGACUAGAACCGAUGCCUCAACCUCCCUAACGAACUACAUCGCAGCAGCUAAGGACGUUCCAACCUCCAAAGGCGGCACCGCAGUAUCAGGCGGGACGGUCGGCCCCGCCAAACCAGCAACGACGGGAUCGGGAACACCUACGACUUCAGGCAGCGCUAAGCCUAGUGCCUCGAAGAGCGCGGGCGUUGAAGCAAGAGGUGAGGCUCAAUGGCUUGUAGCUGCUUUCGGUAGUGUGGUGGCUGUUGGGAUGGGGGCUUUGAUGAUCUGA